AUGUCUGGUUUCCAGUCAGCCACUGGUUCACAGAUCUUUUCACGAUCCACCACCUACACGGUGCAGUCCAUCCUCGGACAGGGCGCUUACGGCAUAGUCGCAAAGUGCACCAACAUGUGCGACAACACAACUGUUGCCAUCAAAACCAUGGAGGACGAGGACCCUUUUGACGAGGCAGCAAGGAAAGAGGUAAGAAGAGCAAACUAGCCGUGCUUACUUAAAACUUAGGCAGAUUGUUUUCUAUCCACAGUAUCUGAUCACUGCUCUCUAAUGUGUGUAAAUCCAAACUAAAACCUAUCUGUCAUCUUUAUCAUCCCAUCUGUAUAUUUCGCAUUUAAUAUUUAUUACUCAUUAUUUCAUCUUUGUUUUUUUUUUUGUUUGUUUUUUUUUUAUUUACAUUUAUAUGUUACAUGUCUUUUGUUGCGACUGUUUGUUGUGUAUGACUUGCUUUUAUUGCUACUGCUUCGUUUUUGUAAAGCACUUUGGUAGGCCACUGGCUGUUUAAAUGUGCUAUACAAAUAAAAUUGACAUUGACAUUGACAUUGCAUAUUUAUGACUCAUUUCAAUAGCCCACGUUCUUCAUAUCGCACCUUUUUCUCUUAGGAUGUUUAGUAUAUUUAGUCUGUAUUUAUUGUAUAUACUUACUAUUUUCUUUAGUAUUUUUAGUCUGCAUUGUACUUACUUCUUAUAUUUAAUUUUAUUUUGUAUUUUUUGCUGCUGUAACAUGUGAAUUUCCCAGUUUGGGAUCAAUAAAGUAUAUUUAUCUAUCUAUCUGCCAUGUGUCCUCAGGUGAAUAACCUCUUAAAACUGUCAGUGCUCGACUCGGACAAGUCCAACAUUGUCCAAUGGCACAAAGCCUUCACCGAUAAAGGACAUUUUUGCAUGGUGUUCGAGCACUUGGACAAAAGCCUCCUUGAUUUUAUGAAGGAGAGAACCUUGGAACCUCCCCUUCUGAGCGAGAUCAGACCGAUCAUCCAGCAGGUAUGAGCUAAUGAAUUUAUUUCUGAUUUUAAACAAGAACAAAUACUGAUGUUCAUGUAACAUCCUGAGCUUUGCUGUUCAAUUAAUGACCUUAAUGACGUCUUAGGUCGCCAGUGCUCUGGAUCAUUUAAAGACCAUCGGUAUGAUCCACGCAGACCUUAAGCUGGACAACGUCAUGCUGGUGGAUCAUCAACAUCAGCCCUUCAGAGUCAAAGUGAUUGACUUUGGUCUCGCAGAAGAUGUGUCAGCAGCAACACUGGGCUCAUACAUCCAGACCCGUCCAUACAGGUAAGGAACCAGAACCACGUCUGAUAUCUCAGCUGUUUAUUGGGGGCUUGCACAUCAACACAUACUUGGGUCAAUGACGUAGAAGGUUUUCAAACAUGCCAAUUUUAGAAUAGCAAAAAUAAGAAUAUAUUUUGCAAAGGUUCAAACACUAAGGAUGUUGUGUACACAAAAAUUCAUGUUAAAUUUUUAAAUUACGCAAAUUUUAGUGUUUUUUCAUACAGAUGAAUUGCCCGUGGCCUUAAAAAAUGUCAUGAGGUGCGACCAUUAUUUAUCUCAAAAUUAUUACAUUUUUUCCAACAUACUUAAUAGUUUUUUUUUGUUUUUUUUUUACAAAUUUUCAGUAAUAUCAAGUAGAUAGAAACAAAGUGUUUGCAUUUCAUUUGAGUUUUUGUAAAUAAUGAUCUCACAUUUUAGCUCUAUAAUCUCACAGUAGCUAUAUUAAAUGUAGUUAACUGACUAAUUUUUUCUUGAAAUUACAUAAUACUGUUAAAAAUGUUUUAAAACUACCUUUUACUUAAGCAUAUUGUAUCAGGUAUUAAUGUUUCAGUGACAGAAAUUAGAUAUUUUAGUUUGUAUUUAAUACUAUUAGUGUUAUUAUUGGUCGCACCACAUGAUAUUUUGACACUCUUUAGUUCAGAAAAUUUUCAAAUAAGACCUGAUUUUUUAAAAGUUGAAGUGACUACAAAUAUGCGAGAGACACUUCAUACAGAAAGCCUAUUUUUGUGCAUUUAAACCUUUUUCUAACUUAAAAAAAUACAGCCGGACAGAAUAUUUAGGCGUCACGUCAUUGACCGACUUGUGUUUUGGUGGAGGAUUUGCUGCAUUAUUUGUAGAAUUGAUGUGUGAUAUGUCUUUGUUUGUCCUCUCAUAGAUCUCCAGAGAUUAUUUUGGAGCUUCCCUACACAGAGGCCAUCGACAUGUGGUCUCUGGGUAUCAUGGCUGCCAGCAUGUACCUUGGCACUUAUCUGUAUCCUGGUCGGGAUGAAUUUGAAAUGGUACUUUAAGUUUACUGUUUCUUUCUCAGAACAGAGUUUCAUGUAACUGAAAUAAUCAUCAAGAAUCAGCUUUUAAUUUGUAUUUUAUCUCUAAACUCCUCACUUUAUAACCUCCUCACAUCAAUGUGUAUUUGAUUGAAUUUUAUUUUUUAAAUCGUUUAAUUAAUUUAUUCUUUUAUGGAGAAUUUUUCCUCUUCACUUUGAUGUCACCAUGUAACUUCUUGUUGUGCUGCAUUUUCAGAUGAGGUUCAUUGUUAAGACUCAGGGUCUACCACCAGACAACCUGCUCAACGAGGGGCUCAAGACAUCCAGGUUUUUCCAGAGAGUUAACCGGCCCGACCGUCAAUGGAAAAUCAAGGUACAUAACACUAACUCUUACCCUACACUUUACCAGUAGCCAGUCACAUUUUUUUUUUUAAAUAUGGGUGUUGAUUUGGAGGCAUUAUUGUGUCUGGUUGGCUAAGAAGGUUUCCAGGUGUGUCAAAGUUAAACAUAGUCUUGUUUUUUUGCCAAGUAUUAGUUUUCUCGGAUAUAGCUCAGGUGAAGAAAGCAUCAACCGUUCAACUGAUUUAUGCAAGUUGCUAGAACAUGCUUCAGUCGUUUUUAGGUUUUCUUAAUGCAAUGUCACUGAAUAUAAACCAAUACGACAUACUGAGCAUUUUGAAACAGUCACCACCAGGGAAGCUGGAGUGUUGUGGGACAGUUUUUGUAGCCUAGCCAGAGUAAACAGUGGUGAGAGGGGCCCUGAAAUUCUCUGUAAUGCUCUGACUUUAAAUAUGACCACAUUUUAAAUACCUCAGUAUAAACACCUUGGUGGGAACUGUCCCAUACAUGUCUUGUACAAAACAAACUGUGCCCUGACUGUAGCAGCUAACAAACACACUGUCUUUUCAGAGUGUGCUGAGAUAUUUCCUUGAGACAGGGAUGGCGCCACAAGAGCGCAGAAGAGUCAUCUUGAACUCUCUGGAUGAAAUUCUGAAUGUACGUACUUUUGUUUUUGUCAUAAAUAUAAGAAAAAAAAAAAAAAAAAACAUAAAAAAAAUGUUUGAAAAUGUUAAAAGUUAAAAAAAAAAGUUUUUGUUGAUUAUCUGGUAAUAAAAGUAACACCCCUGACUGUGGUUGUCUUUGUCCUCUCUACAGAUUCGAAGUUUAAAGUCUGACGCUGCUGCAGACAAAGUUCUGGAGAUGAGCGACGGGCAGGUCUUUCUGGACAUGCUGAAGGGACUGCUCCAGCUUGAUGCAGCCAAAAGACUGACACCCCGUCAGGUGCUGGAGCAUCCCUUCAUCACCAUGAGCCACCUCACCAGCAGGUUUCCCUACCCGUCUUAGUAAGUGGAGACUAAAAUUUUCAAACAUUCAGAGUUAUUUCUCUCCUAUCAAGUGUUUGCAGGAAAUAUUACUCAUGCUUUUUACAAGUCCCACGACCAAUGAAGAAGUCUGAUUUAUGAUUUGUUGUCUUGCAGUUUCACUUCCUCUUUGGAGACCAUGGCUCAACCCUCCCAGCAGAACAGUCCUGCUACACCCGCUUGCAGCAGCAGCAGCAGCCUUGAACAGUCAUGGUCCCCCAUCAACCCUCAUCCUCACACUCCUUCCCCAUCGACAAGUGGAGGCAAGACAGGGAGGAAAAGAAAACUUGAGGAUGUUGAUGAAAGUACGGACGAGAGCUGCAGUUUGUCCAAAAAAGUCAAGUCUGGGCACAGGUAGGAUAAUCUACACCAGUAACAUUCUUGUUAACCUGUUUACAAAACAAAUCUGAAUACUUUAGAGGUUGAUGGAAACUUUUCUGGUCUUUCUGCAUCAUAAUAAUUCAACUUUUUUCUUAAAAUUACAGCAAAACACCUGCAUGCCAGUUCACCUCCUGCAGUAGCCAGCAUGCAGUUGACAUCACCCAGAAGAGCACUCCUAACCACCCUGAUCAUCCUCCUGUGCUGACCACCAACACUCAAGAGAGGACGAGGAAGAGAGCCAGAUCAGGAAAUGGUUCUCAGCAAUCUGAUCCUGAAAAACCUGAAACUGACCACCGCAACAAAACUCUUCGUCUUAACUUGAGUCCGGCUGAAGACAAGCGCAAAUCAGGAGUCAAGAGAAAAGCGGCUGAUGAUGUUGGUCAGGGAUCAGAAAAAAGGAGAAGGCGUCUGUAGAUGGUUCAGGUAAGUCAAUAUAGUCAACACGCAAUGUGUAAUGCUUUUUGUAGUUUAAAACAAAAUAUCAUAACAUGCUGUCAACCACAACAACACAUAAGUUUGUCUGACAAGUCCUUGUUGACUUCCAGGUCCAGAGGCGUGGACUGUACCUGAGCAGUAGAGCCAUCUGAACAGCAACCUCCAUAUGCAGUAUUUGUGAAGCAGCAUCUGAAUGGCAACCUCAGUGCUGUUUUUGUUAAAAGAAAUCUGUACAGCAACCCCCAUUGGCAGUUUUGUAAAGUACAAUCUGAACAUCAACCUCCAAGCAAUUUUUGUAAAGUGGCAUCUAAACAGCAACCUCCAUGCUUUUUUUUUUUUUUUUUAAGUGGCAUCGGAACAGCAACCUCCAUGCUGUUUUUGAAAAGUGGCAUCCAAACAGCAACCUCCAUACAGUUUUUGUAAAGGGACAUCAAACAGCAACCUUAGUGCUGUUUUUGUAAAGUGGCAUCCAAACAGCAACCUUAGUGCUGUUUUUGUUAAGUGGCAUCUAAACAGCAACCUCCAAGCAGUUUUUGUAAAGUGGAAUCUGAAAAGCAACCUCCUUGUGUCUAUUUAAAGUAACACCUGAGCAGCAACCUCCAAGCAGUUGUUUUUGUAAAGUUGCAUCUGUACAGCAACCUCAGUGCUGUUUUUGUAAAGUGACAUCUAAACAGCAACCUCCAUGCUGUUUUUGAAAAGUGGCAUCUGACGGCAACAUCAAUACAUUGUCCUUGUUAAGUGGCAUCGGAACAGCAACCUCUAUGCUGUCUUUGUAAAGUGGCAUCGGAACAGCAACCUCCAUGCUGUUUCUGUAGAGUGGCAUUGUCCUCUUCAGGAGAACACCAACACUCCAGAGAGGAAGAUCAAGAGAGCCAGAUCAGGGAAUGGUUCUCAAAAAACAGAUGUAGUCCUCAAACUGACCACCACAACACAACUCUUCAUCCAAGUUUGACUGAGGCUGAAGACCAAGGCCAAUCAGAUCUUAGAUGAUGGUUCAGGUGAGUCAAUAUAGUCAGCACACAAUGUGUCAUGCUUUUUGUAGUUCUGUCAAACACAACAACACAUGAGUGUGUCUAACAAAUCAUUGUUCACUUCCAGGACCAGAAGAGCGGACUGAAGCGGAGCACCACCACCAUAGGGGAGAACCACCAUCGGGGAGUCCAGACGUCAUUUUGAGAACUUUCUGGAUCAGAGUGUUGAGAACCAUUUUCUGAUCUGGCUCACUUGAUCUUCCUCUUUUGAGUGUUGGUGUUCUUCUGAAGAGGACAAUGCCACUCUACAGAAACAGCAUGCCCCCAUGCUGUUUCUGUAGAGUGGCAUUGUCCUCUUCAGAAGAACACCAACACUCAAGAAAGGAAGAUCAAGAGAGCCAGAUCAGGGAAUGGUUCUCAACACUCUGAUCCAGAAAGUCCUCAAAAUGACCACCACAACACAACUCUUCAUCCGGGUUUGACUGAGGCUGAAGACCAGGGCCAAUCGGAGCUUACAAGAAAGUCACCUAAAUGUGAAGAUGAGGAAGUGUUUGGUCAGAGAUCGGAGAAGAGGAAAACAAAGUUUUAG